AUGUCAAAUAUUUCAACGCGUGCUGACCAAAAUGGGAGCAACAAACAGAAAAAUUCACGGGAUUAUGAAGCGAACGUUUUUUUGUUGAGUGAGGUUUAUGCAGAACUUGUAGAUCAACAGACGGGAGUUAGCAGUUUUAUGAGUGGAGUGCUUUCUGUUGUUGAAAAGUCUUGGGGCGUCUUUUUGGAAUGGAAGCCUUGUGGACCUCUGACGGAUUCAAAUAUUGAUAAAGACGAUGACACUUCUGAAUGGGUCAUUGAAGAAGCCACAGAAGCUUUGAUUGAAAGCUCGAUUUUUAGCAAAACAAAAAAUUCGUCAAGUCGAAAUUCCCCUUCAAACGGAUCCAAUCCUUCUUCAAAAGAAAAGGAAGAGGCUUUAAAACAACAACAAAAAUAUUGUUUUUCUGUUGAUUUGAAUUCUCUUCGUUCUUUUCAACAUUCAAGUUUUAAAAGAGACCCAAUUUGGAUACGUUUUAUAUGUAAAGAUGGUACUGAUUCAAGCAAUUAUCAUUUACGCGGUGGGGGAUACGAAUCGUUGGUUAAUUGUCUUCAAAGGUUGUUUUUAAGGGUUGAAACUAGGGUUGGUGUGUCUUGGGAAAUCCCUGUACGUUUGGAUUCGAUAUAUGAUCCAGGCCCGUAG